AAGCCACCGCGUCCGCUGGCACCGCCGUUGACUGCUUUGUCAUCCACAUCAACCUAUUGGAGCAUGGAGCCCCUGCAUCAAGCCCUGUGAUGUCGUCUUCUUCCUCGGCCCCAACGAACUUCGUCAUCAAUUCCGGCAACGUCGCGCCCUCCCCGAGCCCACCUUGCUCAUCUACAGGCUCACUGUGGGCCCUUCUUCCUUUCCCCUUUGCUUCCCCCUCGGAUUCAUGCCGAAUCACCGCGUCCACGAGCACCGAACUCCGCCGUCCGCCAUGGCCGAUGGGGGUCGAGUACCCCGUGCUCCUCUGCCCGAACCAGUGUUCCCACUGUGCUCCUGGCACUGCCAAGAGGCCGACGAGCCCAACCGCUCGUCGUGCCGCGCCCUCUAGCCCCAGAUCCACCACCGCCGUCGCUCCGCCUCGCUCAUCCCCUACGCCUCGUCGCACGCAUCCGCGCACGCCCCGGCCGUCCCCUACUCGUUGGCCGCGCCUUGCCCCGCGCGUGACCCAUGGCGGCAAGGCCGUGUCUCCCGCGCUGUUGCCCGCUCUCGGGCUUCCCCCGCUGCUCGCCUUGGGCCUCUGUCGCGGCGCCUCCCCUGGCCGCCCGCCCGGCUCCCCUCUGCCCUGCCGCGCCAUGGUCGCGCCGACUCCGCCGACCACUGCCGUGUCUCGCCCCCACCCUGGCUCCCCUGGCCGCCCCUGUCGCUACGCGCUCACCGCUCCCCCUCCGCCUGUUAGGCCGCGCUCGGCCAUGGCCAGGCCUCGUCAUGUGCUCGCGCGGGCGCAGCUCCCCUUUGUGGCCGGUUGGGGCCACUUCCAAGUGGGGCCGGCCCUUAAAAAGUAAAUAAAAGAAAUAUUAGUUAAAUAAUUAAUUAGUUUAGUUAAUUAAUUAUUUAGGAUAAUUAGUCUAACUACCCUAUGACAGUGGCCCCCUCACUUAAAUACCCUGUUAAAAUAAAGGACAAGUCAUUGUGUCAAUGACAUGUAGGCACCGCUGACCCUUUUGACCAGUCAAUGUUGACUGGUCAACUACUGAGUGUGCAUGCUGACUGGACCCCCUGGCCCACUGUCAUACACUCUGGCUAUUUCAGCACUAGGUGACAAAACUUUAUUCUGCUUAUUAUUCGAAUUAAACAAUUUCAGAAAUUCUAGAAAAUCAUUAAAACUUUGAUAAAUCAUAGAAAAUAAACCGUAACUCGGAUGAAAAUACUUUGUACAUGAAAGUUGCUCAGAACGAC